GAUUUAUGUUGGCAGCUCCAAAAAUGAGAUGCAUUAAUGGAAAAUAAAUAAAUUGCAUGAAUGAAUGAACUUAAAAAACAGAUUCUGAGCAUGCUUUUUCGUUGGUGGGCGGUGUAAGAGAUUGAAAGGAUCCUUACACUACAGACACUAGUUUCUAUGCUGUGUGGGACUCUCUCUCUCUCUCUCUCUCUCUCUCUGUCUUUAUAGUUAUUUACACAUAAUGCAAAUGUUUUUCAUUUGAUAGUAGUUAAAGGAGUCCAACAAAAACAGUCCCCUCCCCCAUCUGCUGUCUGUGUGUUUAAUCAAUCUCUGACUUAUCUGACGUCCCACCACCUUCUCUCUCUCUCUCUCUCUCUCUAAUGAUCUUAUCUCCAUCCAACAAUUCUUGUGUUUCUCUCCUCAACUCAACCAUUUUUGGUAAAAACUAGAAUCCUUCUGCAAAUUCUGUCUUUUCACUUCUGAAGCUGAGGCCCCUCCCCUGCUUCAAGGUGAGUGAGUAAUAAAGGGGUUGAAUCCAUCCAUUAUGAUGCCCCCAAAUUUGAACAUGGAAUCCGAGGAUGAAUCCGAAGUGAGCAGCCAAGUAGCCUCCAACGCCUCCGUCUAUUCCAAGGAAGAGAGCAGAAACGCCUCCUCCUGCCUCGACGACUCCUUCAAGCCCGUCGUGCUCGACCUCACCCUCGGCAUCAAUGGCUGCGGUGAACCUGACCUCAAAGUCCCUACCGAGGCCGUCGCCAACCACCCCCCUCCACCAUCCUCGCGAGUCUUCUCGUGCAACUACUGCCGCCGCAAGUUCUACAGCUCCCAGGCAUUGGGAGGGCACCAGAAUGCGCACAAGCGCGAGAGGACGCUAGCCAAGAGGGCCAUGCGUAUGGAGAUGUUCUCCGACAGAUAUGCCAGCCUCGCAUCCCUCCCCCUCCACGGAUCCGCCUUCCGGUCUCUAGGGAUCCAAGCUCAUGCUUCCAUGCACCCGGAGCAUGGGAUACGAGGAGGAGGAGGUGGUGGUGGCGGUGGCGGAGCUAGGUUUGUUGAUCAAGGCUACUUCGGAUUGCCCCUCUAUAUGGAGUACAAUGAAGGGGAGCUGUCGUGGCCGGGAAGCUUCCGACAAAUGGAGGGCUUCCGGGGAAACCCGGCCCUCGACUCUGGGCAGUGCUCCGAUAUGGCGGAAGGGGCAGCUCCACCUCCGAGGACAGACCAGUCAUCCCUUCCUGACCUAAACCUCAAACUUUGACAAUUUUUUUGGCUCCUACCAUUUUCUUCGAGCUCUGGAGUUUUACAUGUGAUGCAUAAAUAUUGUACAAAGAUUUGAGUGCUAGAGAUGAAGAUGAUGAUGAUGAUGAUUUAGGCCCUGCUUCAAACACUUAUAUUCUUGGUAGAUGAAUUUGGUGUGGAGAUGCUAUAUUUUGCUAGUUGGGGGAUAAGAAGACUAAUAUUGUAUCACUCUAAUUAACAAUCUAUCUUUCCCUUUAUUAUGUGGGCUAUACGUACUGUUAAAAUUUUCAUUUC